GUGUAUUAUUCGCGAGCAGUAGUUGCGCAAUCACUCGGUGCAUCAUAAGCUAUCAAUCUCGUGAUAAAUAAAUAAUUUCAACAAGCAAGUAGGUAUCUCGGGGACAAACGACGAUCGCCGUCGCUUCAGCGGCAUUUGUGCAGUGCGAUUCUGGCCAUGUUCGUGAUUUCUCUCGGCGCAAGUAAUUAACAAACGACUGCGAAAAAUUAAACCCGGCAUAUAGCGCUUCUAAAGCUUUGGGAAAAGAGCUUCCCUCAUUGCAAAAAGACCAUUAUUGAAUAUUGGAGCACGCUUUUUGGCAACUAUGGCAGAUGCUCUAAAGACUCAUGAAGUUAUACCGGAUGUGAUUGAUACGGUACCUCCAGCAAUCGUUAAAGUAUCCUAUCCUAGUGGAGUUUCCGUAGACAUCGGCAAGGAACUUACACCUACCCAAGUCAAAGAUCAACCAUCUGUUGAGUGGGAUGCUGAUAGCUCAAGCUAUUAUACUCUUUGCAUGACUGAUCCUGAUGCACCAAGCCGCAAGGACCCGAAAUUCCGCGAAUGGCACCACUGGCUUGUCACCAACAUUCCAGGAAAGGAUGUAUCCAAAGGAGAUGUCUUAUCCGACUACAUUGGAUCUGGACCCCCACCAGAUACCGGUCUUCACCGGUAUGUCUUCCUGGUAUACAAACAGCCGAGCAAAAUAACUUUUGAUGAGAAGCGUUUAACAAAUCGCAGUGGAGACGGUCGCAACAAUUUCUCCAUCAAGAAAUUCGCGCAAAAGUAUAAUUUGGGAAAUCCAAUUGCUGGAAGCAUGUAUCAAGCUGCUUUUGAUGAUUAUGUACCUAAAUUGUACAAACAGCUAGAAGGAUAGAUCAAUCAGAGUGUAGAAAAACACGAAAAUGAUCAUUAAGACUGUGUCUUAUUUAUUUGUUUACAUUUUCAAUCAUGUUGCUGUUGGAAAUGUAAACAAAAAACUUUUUUAUUUGAAUUAUAUCAAUCAAAGCUUUCCAUUUUUUUUGUAAAAAAUACUCGAAAGUUUCAAUAUUUGAAUCUUUAAAGCAAAUAAAAUUUUUGAAAAUAUUUAAAGAUUUCUAUCGUUUACUUACCACGAUAAACUGGCAUUCUUAAUAGUGAUAUUAAUACCUCACAAAAACAAUUAAUAAAUAAGUAAAUAAGAAAAAUCUAAAUCUAAAAUGCAAGUCGUAAUAACGUUAUGUGGUUCGGUAUAUGACGUUAUUAAAAUAAUUACUAUAUUGGUACUAUUACGAAUUUGCAUUCUAAUAGAACUUGAACAACCGGCAGUUGUGUUUCCGUUGGGGAAAAUUGACUGCGUUGCCCUUGACUAUUUCAUUUUUUAUACGACCAUUGAAAAUCGUUAUGAUGUAACGUAGCAAUCGAAGUAUAAAUUUCUUUAUUGGUGGGAAUCUGGCCAUAGUCUGCUCCUGUCCACAUAUGAGAGAUGAGACUCCUAGUAGCAAGUCUGCUUCUUAUCACAGCAUACGCGUUCGCGGCAGAUAUUCCAACGGAGUUUGCUACCGCUGGUAUCGUCCCGGAUGUCUUACCUAAAGCCCCUAAUGAGUUGCUUACGGUAACUUUCAAAGAUAGUAAUGACAAAGACAAAGACGUGCAAUUUGGAGAUGAAUUGACCCCAACUUUAGUAAAAGAUCCUCCGGCUAUGUCGUGGUUUUCUGAGGAUUCGGCUUAUUAUACUGUCGCAAUGGUUGAUCCGGAUGCUCCGAGCCGCGACGAUCCCAACUUGCGCGAGAUGCUUCACUGGCUGGUAUGUAACAUCCCCGGUGGUGAUCUGAGCAAAGGAGACGUCAUCGUCGAGUACGUGGGUUCGGCUCCAGGCAAAGAUACAGAUCUCCAUCGCUACGUACUUUUGGCUUAUAAGCAACCCGAGAAACUGACCAUCGAGGAAGCCCACAUUUCGAAUCACGAGCAUACUGGCAGACCAGCUUUUUCUAUCAAAAAUUUUGCUGACAAGUAUAAAAUGGGUGAUCCCUUGGCUGGAAAUAUGUACCGCGCCCAAUACGACGAAUAUUCAGACGUCAUUCGCAAGCAGUUGGGCGAAACUUAAUGAAUUUCGACAUUGAUGAACAGAUUUAGUACAAUUUUAGCUAUUGUAAAUUUUGUACUUGACAAUAAAGAAGUUGUUUCUGUUGUAAAGUUCA